AUGCCUGUCUUGAGUGUGGGCAUAAAAGAUUUCACACAGGGGAGAAACCGUAUUCCUGUCCUGAGUGUGGGAAAUGUUUUUUAG